AUUCCGUGUUCAUUAUGUCACAAGUAAAGCAAACAAUUUGAAACAAUUCGAUACGCCAAACCGACGAACAGACAAACACAUACGGAGUGUUCUCGAAAACACACAGAUCCCGCCGACCCACUCCAGUAGUUGUCUGUCGACCUGUCUCCGUCUAACUAAUUUCGGCAAACCAAAUUCCUGUUACGAUAAUUUAAUACAAUUACGACUCCCCCCCUUACAACAAGAAUAACAAGAAUGCCGGAAACAAAAACCAAGACGCUCUGCAGCCCCAGCAACGGUCUCGACGAUUUCGAAGAAGACGACAUCAAUGCCGCCACCAAUCGCCUUGUAACCCGCCCACGUCAACGGUCCCAGUCUCAGUCCCGGCAACGGCAUAGGUCCUACCACCCCAACACCAACACCAAUCCCAAUCCCAAUCCCAACCAGAAUCAGAGGCAGCGCCGGACCCAAGGCCAUCGCAAUGCCGCCGGCCUUACGACCAAACAGGAGGUGACACUGAAGGCCGGCGACAUGCGAAUGGCCCGGAUCCAGAUAAGUCUCUCCCAGCUACGCACCGAAAUGGAGGCCUCCAGCAAGACGCUCCAUGACCUGGCCAGGAUGCUCAAGGUGGACAUGGAUGCCGAGUGACAUACCAAGAAAAAUGGUUUAUCUGCAGAGUGUUUGUUUUUGUGAAAGUGUUCAUUAAAUCUAACGAAAUUGUCUUAAAAA